ACACACUGACAAGCCUUCGAUAUGCCACCAGAGUGCUUUCCCUGCUAGAAAAGUUAAAGGGAUAAAACUUUUUCGCACUGUGAAGAGCAGAAGAGAGAUGGCAAGAAUGCUGACAAACAAAAGCCUGGACUUUAUCGACUUGGCUUCUUUGAGAGACCCAGCAGGAAUCUUUGAGCUGGUUGAAGUUGUUGGAAAUGGAACAUAUGGGCAAGUCUAUAAGGGCCGGCAUGUUAAAACAGGGCAGCUCGCAGCAAUUAAAGUGAUGAAUGUCACAGAGGAGGAAGAAGAGGAAAUUAAACUUGAAAUAAACAUGCUGAAGAAGUACUCACAUCACAGAAACAUUGCUACAUACUAUGGAGCUUUUGUCAGGAAAGGCUUAGCAGGCCAGGAUGACCAACUCUGGUUGGUAAUGGAAUACUGUGGAGCAGGGUCUGUAACAGACUUGGUGAAAAAGACAAAAGGGAACUGCUUUAAGGAAGACUGGAUUGCAUAUAUUUGCAGAGAAGUUCUAAGGGGUCUGGCUCACCUGCAUGUUCACCAUGUAAUCCAUCGAGAUAUUAAAGGUCAAAAUGUUCUUCUCACAGAAAAUGCAGAAGUGAAGCUUGUUGAUUUUGGAGUGAGUGCCCAGCUGGACAGAACUAUAGGAAGAAGAAACACAUUUAUUGGAACCCCAUACUGGAUGGCACCAGAGGUCAUAGCAUGUGAUGAAAAUCCAGAUUCAACAUAUGACUACCGAAGUGAUCUCUGGUCUUUGGGAAUUACAGCCAUUGAGAUGGCAGAAGGGUCACCACCUUUAUGCGACAUGCAUCCUAUGAGGGCUCUCUUCCUAAUUCCUCGAAACGCCCCUCCAAAGCUAAAAUCAAGGAAAUGGUCAAAGAAAUUUCUAAAUUUUCUUGAUAAUUGCCUCAUUAAGAACUACACACAUCGCCCUACAACAGAAACGCUGCUGAAACAUUCUUUUGUUAGGGAUCUACAAAAUGAGCGUCAGAUACGCAUUAUGCUGAAAGACCAUCUUGACAGGACCAGGAAAAAGAGGGAAAAAGAUGAAACAGGAUACGAAUACAGUGGAAGUGAAGAGGAAGAUGAGGAGAUGAAUGAAGAGGAAGGCGAGCCAAGCUCCAUUGUUAAUCUUCCUGGCGAAUCGACUCUCCGCCGUGAAUUCUUGCGAUUGCAACAGGAAAACAAGAACAGAUCAGAUCCUCAGAGACAGCAGCAAUUACAGAAGCUAAAAGACCAGGAGAAAUACAAAAAACAGCUCUUGGCCGAGCGCCAGAAAAGGAUCGAGCAACAGAAGGAGCAGCGAAAAAAGCUGGAGGAUCAUCAGAAAAGAGAACUGGAUUUGAGGAAAACUCAAGAAUGUGAGCCAAAACCAAUGGAGUGGGAAGGACCCAAACGGGACGGAAGAGGGAAGGAGGGAAGGAAGCACAUAGAGAAAAGUGUUCUGGCUGAUGUACAUGGUGCAGAAAGGAAACAGAAGGCAGAUUUGCAAAGCCAAAGAAAAUUUCACCGUACACUGCCCAAAGAUCAGACACAGCUGUUAUUUCUCCAGCAUGAUCAUAUGGGAAAACAUGUAGAACCAACAAAUCAUACUGCUGAUCAUCCAAAUGUGAAGCCCAUUAAUGAUAUACCAGAAAAAAAAACAAUACUCGCUGACCCAAGCCAUGUGAAAUGGACCGGUUUCAUACAACAAGCACAUGGCAGACUUGGAUCUGGAAGCAGUUCUAGCCCAUGUACACCAGCUUUACCAAGAGCCAUACUGGAGAAUGAAAAUCUCCGCUCCAGUAGAGACAAUCACUACAGCAGCUCCCUGUCUGACAUGAUCAUAAGUCCUAUGUCCCCAGGAAAAGAUGAUGUGUUCUGGGGUGCCCUGCAAGGCGAAGACCAGCCACCUAAGGUUCCAGAGAGAACUACUUCCAAGUUUUACAUGGACUCCCGAGGCCACCAAAGAAGUCCAUCUGGUGGCUUCCUGCAACAAUCCAAAGACCAGUCUGAAAGCUCAAGAAGUAGCAAUGAAACUAGAAAUUGCAUCCAGAGCAACAGAUUAAAACCAGGGUCAACCAGAGAUAACCAGGUAUUGCAGAAUCAUUCCCAGCAGUUAACAAGAGUUGAAAAUGAAGUGCAUCGGGACUCCCGUAAGAUUUCGAGCCCCAACCUUGUGGGAAAAGGAAAAGACAAUGGCAGAUCUUAUUUGAAAGCAUCAUAUUAUUCUUCAUCCAGUGAUGAGGUUAGCGGCAGCAGCAGCGAUGAUGACAUGCAGAAAAAAAGGCAACCAGUGAACAAUGGUGUACUGCAUUUCUUAAGGACAAAAGUUUCAGAUGGAAUCACAGAGAAACCCCAAAGCAACAUUCAAGGAGACAAGGCAGCUGAACAGCAAAGUGGCAGCAGCAGCAGCAAUCAAGGACUCUGGAGCUCCUGCAAUCAAAAUUAUCUGCUGCCAGAUCUUUUACAACAAAGCCAUCCUUCAGAGACUUCAGUGAAUCAGCACAAAAGUCUUCAAAAGAGUCACAGGCCUGGGAACAAAUCUUUAAAUGAUCAGACACCAAAUGGUGAAAGUUCACAACCAAAAACCAGCUCAUCUUCCACUUCUUCAUUUAGUCCAUUUAUUGAUCCCAGACUGCUACAGUUUUCACCUCCAACAAGCCCGUCUGUCUCCCCUAGCAGUAUAAAAGUGGAGCCUUUCCGGAGAGAAAACAUAAGGAAAGGAUCAGUUGUCAAUGUUAACCCAACAAAUAUUCGACCUCAGAGUGACAGUCCAGAGAUUCGCAAGUAUAAGAAGAAAUUUAAUUCAGAGAUCCUUUGUGCUGCUCUCUGGGGUGUUAACCUAUUGGUGGGAACUGAAUAUGGACUAUGGCUGUUGGAUAGAAGUGGGCAAGGACGAGUUUAUUCUCUUAUUAGCAGAAGACGAUUUUACCAAAUGGAUGUACUGGAAGGACUAAAUAUCCUGAUUACUAUUUCAGGCAAAAAAAACAAGCUCAGGGUUUAUUACUUAUCCUGGCUGAGGAAUAAAAUUCUACACAAUGAUCCAGACGUAGAGAAGAAGCAAGGAUGGGUCUCUGUAGGAGAAUUGGAAGGCUGUAUACACUACAAAGUUGUAAAAUAUGAAAGAAUAAAAUUCCUUGUUAUUGCUCUGAAGAACUCUGUGGAAGUGUAUGCAUGGGCGCCAAAGCCAUACCACAAAUUUAUGGCUUUUAAGUCAUUUUCAUCUCUGCAUCAGAAACCAUUAUUCGUUGAUCUUACUGUUGAGAAUGGACAAAGACUGAAAGUUAUCUAUGGAUCUUCGGUGGGAUUUCAUGCUAUUGAUGUUGACUCUGGCACAGUCUACGAUCUAUACUUACCCACGCAUAUCCAGGGAAACAUUCACCCACAUGCCAUCAUCAUCCUGCCUAACACCAAUGGCAUGGAGCUUCUGCUGAGCUAUGAGGAUGAAGGGGUUUAUAUUGAUACAUAUGGUCACUUCACAAAAGCAAAUGUACUACAAUGGGGAGAAAUGCCAGCAUCUGUUGCAUAUCUACAGUCUAAUCAAAUAAUGGGCUGGGGAGAGAAAGCAAUCGAGCUGCGAUCUGGAGAGACGGGAAAUUUAGAAGGGGUUUUCAUGCACAAAAAGGCACAGAAGUUAAAAUUCUUGUGUGAAAGAAAUGACAAGGUAUUUUUUGCUUCAAUGCAGUCUGGAGGCAGCAGUCAAAUUUACUUUAUGACUCUUGGACAAAAUGCCCUUUUCAACUGGUAGCCAAAAAUAGGAAUCUGGGAAACUGGAGAGUAAUGGAGGCCACGUGAUGCCACUCCAUCGAUGUGCACUAUAGUCCAAAAAAAGCACUAUUUGUGCUGGAUCUUGGUUGUUGCAGGUGUUUGUGUUGGGUGUAAUUUGCAGGAAACCUCUCCUAAUCACCUGUAGCAUUUGUAAGUUUCAAGUUAUGUUUUCU